CACCGUCGUCGGCGCGAGCGCAGCCGGGCAGUCAGUCAGCGCGCAGCAUGGGCCCGACGCGCGCGCUCUCGCUGCUGUUGGCGGCGGCCGGCGCUCUCGCUGCCGAGCCAGUCUUCGACCUCACCGAUGAGCAGUACUACUCGAUGCCGCGGCUGUUCGAGCUGGACGAGUGGGCGGGCUGCGUCUCUGCGCGCGGCGCCUACUGCCUCGGCAGCUUCGAGCUGCAGCCCGCGCAGCGCCCGCACGUGCUCUACGACCUCAUGGAGAGCUACUCCGCGAACUACGUGGACAACUUCAACCACACUCGCGUGCACCGCGGCGCGUGCCUGCCGCGCGCAUGCGCACCGCACCGCACAGAGCGGCUGCAGGACUGGUUCAGUGCGUGCGUGAACGCGAGCACGUGGUCGCGCUACAACCUGUCGGCGCGGCUGCUGCGGCUGGACUACUGCGCCGGCGCCGGCUCGGCCGCCGCGCCCGCGCAGUCUCCGCUGUCGCCCAGCCAGCGCGCGCUGGCCGGCGUGCUGGCCGCGCUGCUGGCGCUGGCGGCCGUCAGCACCGCGCUCGACCUCACGCUGCCAGAACACGCCAGGAAAGGUGCGGAGUGGGCGCUGGCGUGGUCGCUGCCGGGCUGUUGGCGCGCGCUGCUGGCGCCGCCGCCGCGCUCGGCGCGCACCGACCUCGCCAGCUUCGACGGGCUGCGCGUACUCACCAUGCUGGUCGUCAUCAUCGAGCACGUCUGCUGGAUCACCACGCAGACCUACCUCACCGACACCAGGAUAUACGAACAGAUCCGCGGCUCAAUAGACGUGGUCCUCAUGACGAACAGCACGCUGGUGGUGCAGAUCUUCUUCAUCAUGUCGUCGUUCCUCCUGGCGCACAAGCUGCUGCAGCAACGGCGCCGCGGGGAGCACGUGCCGCCCUUCUCCACCUUCGUGGAGACCAUGCUCAAUAGGAUCAUCAGGGUGUCUCCAUCGUACUGGAUGGUGGUCUGGUUCGCGGCGUCGUGGUGGGAGCGCCUGGGCCGCGGGCCGUUGUGGGCGCCGCUGGUGGGCAGCGAGGCCGCCGUGUGCCGCCGCAAGUGGUGGACGCAUCUGCUCUACCUCAACAACAUCCUGCACGCGGACGACAAGUGCCUCAUACAGACCUGGUACCUGGCGGCGGACAUGCAGCUGUACGCGGCGUGCCUGGCCCUGACGCUGGUGCUGUGGCGCUGGCGGCGCGCGGCGCUGGCCGUGCUCGGCGCGCUGCUGCUCGCCUCCAUCGCGCUGCUGUUCGGCCUCGCCUACUCCUGGCAGCUCGUGCCCACCUACGUCAUGCAUCGUCCUGAGUCGGUGCGGCUGGCGUACGACGGGGAGCGGUCGUUCAACGUGCUGUACCAGUCGCCGCUGGGCAACGUGCCGGGCGCGCUGGCGGGGCUGCUGCUGGCGCACCUGCACCACGCGCUGCUCGACCACGACGUGCCGCUGUCGCGCUACAAGGUGUUCGGCUGGGUGUCGGUGGCGAGCGUGCCGGCGGCGGCGUGGUGGGUGGCGGCGUCUCCGCUGGCGCUGGGCCGCGGGCCGCCCGCGCGCCUGGCCGCCGCCGCGCUGGCCGCGCUCGAGCGCCCCGUCUUCUCCUUCUUCGUCGCCUUGGCGCUGCUCGGCGCCAUGAACGGCGUGCACUCGGGCGUGCGGCGCGUGCUGUCGUGGCGCGGGUGGGCGGGCUGGGCGCGGCUGUCGUUCGGCGCGCUGCUGCUGCACAUGCCCAUCAACAAGUCGCUGGUGGCGGCGCGCCUCAUGCCCUCCAUGCUGGACCGCCAGUCCGCGAUCGUGGAGUGGUUCGGCGUGGCGGCGGUGUCGUACAUGGCGGCGCUCCCACUGGCGCUGCUGGUGGAGCUGCCGGCGCAGCGCCUGCACCGCGCGCUCGCCCGCCCCGCGCCGCGCGCCUCCGCAGCCGCCGCCAAGCCCGCCGACAAGCCCAGCCUGUGACCUGCGCCCUGCAGCACCACACUCUGCACGGUCACGGCGAACUAUUGGAAAUUAUUCUAGGCUGGACCUAGACGGCGAUCGGUUUACGAGCUGCACUACAAAAUGUAGCAGUUCUCGGUUACUCAAGAUUUUCAAAAAUGUGGUAUCUACUCGGAUCUAAGUGUAAAUAUUUCUCCUUCAUAUGCACAUAAUUCGAGCGUAAAGUAGCAUUAGAAUAUUAAACUAGGUGUACAUGAAACAGUUGCCUAGGUAUGCAGAAUCACAAAGGUAUAGAGCCUUCUAAGUUAAAUUAACUAGGUGUGUGUACAUGAGAGUAAAUUACAAUUGGAGUAUUGUCGCUCUCGUCAAUAAAGAAAGAAGGAAUGUUGAGUAACAAAAUAAUAAUAAUAUUUAUGAGCGAAAAAAUCUGUAACAUUUAGUGUAAACUAAGUAUUGACAGAGUUUUCGCAAUGAUAGCUUGACCACGGCGAGCACGUGAGGCCAUCGUGAGUAUGUCGCCAUAGCUCGGUGCCCGCGUGUCCGCGCGGAACGAAUUGUAACUAUAAGUUACGUAGAACUGAUUAACAUAGCUUAAGUUGUAUAGAUAUGUAUUUUUACUAUCCUAGAAUUAGCCUCGACGGACAUACAGACUGUAAGCAGAAAUAUAUAUAACUUGUCCCUCGACGCCAUGUGAUAGUAGAUAGAUAGGGCUCCGGCCACGGUGUGAGUUAGCUAGGGUGUGUGUCAUUAUUUAUGAUUAAGAUUUAAUUUGUACUAUUGACACUGUGUUACUUGAGGAAAUACUACAAAAUGGAUCACUGCAAUAUUCUUAGUUUUCACACCUGCGCAUGCGAUGCGGGUGCGUCCGGGCGGUGAACUAUUUUGUCGUAGGUUCAGCUCCCAUGACAUAGUACAGUUCAAUAAAUCUAUUCGUAAUAUAAA